GGCCGUUUCAGAAGUAAGGGUUUAUUUUUGUCAACCUUGACUUCUCUUUGGAUAUGGAGAAAGCAAAAGGCAAAAAGAAUUCCACAAAGAAGUCAGGGGAAGACUAUUUCGCUUGCAAAUCCCAACCUGUAUCAAGAGAAGCCACAGAGAAACAGCAAGCUUCUGGUGAACCAAAGUUACCAAGACCCUCAGUGAACGGGACCAAACAAAAAAGAUCUAUGAAAGAAGACAAAGAAAAGACAGCACAAGACAAUGCAAGAGUAAGAAUUCGGAAGAAAAUCCCUAUUCCUCCAUUACCUUCCAUGCUGCCACCAGUCAACUUGCUUCAUAGAGACGUGGUGCGGGCCUGGUGCCAACAACUGAAGCUGAGCACCAAAGGCCAGAAAUUAGAUGCAUAUAGGCGGCUGUGUGAAUUUGCUUACCCGAAUCAAAUGAACAUUCCCCUCACUGCAAAGGAGGCCAAGAUUCUCACACCAUCACAAAAAAGGUCAAAGAUGGACAAGGGAGAAAUGUUUCUGGAAAAUUCUAAGAAAAAGAGCUCUUCUCAUGGAACCCACCCUCCUGAAGUGGCUGCUCCCCCUGAGGGUGGGAUGCAGGCCCUCGUUGGGUCUGAUCCUCUUCCGGAAGGAGUCGAAACGGUGGUUGUGACAACUUCAGCCCCGGAUGCUGUGUUUGCCUCCUGGUCCAGAAUUGCAUCCACAGCUGGGAAGAUGGAGACAGUGGAAUCAACACAAGAUGCCUAUGGUGUCCGGUGGUGUGUGGUCCAUGGGAAAAGUCUGCCUGCAGACACAGAGGGUUGGGUUCGCCUACAGUUUCAUGCAGGGCAAGCCUGGGUGCCUGAAAAACAGGGGAGAGUGUGUGCCCUCUUUCUGCUACCUGCCUGUAAUUUUCCACCCCCACACCUGGAAGACAAUAUGCUGUGCCCCAAAUGUGUUCGGAGGUAA